AUGACCACCCCAACGAACGAAACGUCCCGGAGGGCCAUCAAGGGCCACGUCAGACGCUGGAUCCACAACAUCCAGCAAUACGACAUCGUACAAAUAGACCUAACAAUCUACAAUAUAUUGCUAGGAGCUGAAACCAGUCUAAAAAACAUGCAAGCUAAAUACAAUCGACUCUCAGAAGCGGUCGCCAGAGACAUGGAAGCAUCAAACGCGACCCGUGCACAAUUCGAUGCUGAGGUCGACAGCGUGAUCGCUCUGGAGGAUGAGUGCAACGCUGCAUACGUGAUCGUCAGGCGAAAAAAGGAUGAAUUCAAAGCACUCAAAGAAGCUGAAGAAAGAAACCGGCAAAAAGCCGAACAAGACGCCAUCAGGGCCAAAGAAAAGGCCGAUCAGGACGCCAUAAGGGCCCAAGAAAAAAUCGAUCAAGACGCUGCAAGAGCACAAGAGAGAAUCAUCCGUCAACAAGAACUUCAAGAUCAACAGAACUUGUUCCGACAACUGAUUGCCGCCAUUCCAGCAGCAGCUGCACCAGGAGCACAAGCAGCUCCAGCCGCAGUUACAUCGACUAAACUCCCAAAACGUCAAAUUAAACCAUUCAAAGGGGACGUGCUCGAAUGGACGGCCUUCUGGGAAGGUUACAACGCAGCCGUCCAUGAAUCAGCCAUUCCGGCAGUUCAAAAAUUUGGAUAUCUUAAAGACUACUUGAAAGGUGAAGCACAGCUGUGCGUGGAGAACCUUGAGCUGACAGACGCCAACUACACCGUUGCAGUGAAUCUACUGAAGGCGAUGUACGGCAAACCAGACGUUCUGAUCGAGGCCCACACCCACAAAUUAGCCACGCUGCAACCAGUGAAAGACAUAGCUGAUACCGCGGCGCUCAGGUGCUUCCAGCUGACUAUCCAGUCACAUAUCAAUGCGUUGGAGACACUGGGAGUUGCAAGAACGAGCCAUGGAUGUCUCCUUGGAUCAAGCAUUUUACGCUCGAUCCCAUUCAAACUUCAAGCAAAGUGGGCUGAAUCCGCAACAAACAAGGUAACAGACAUUGACCAAGUGUUAAAAUUUAUCGAAGAGCAAGUUGAAGCUGCAGAGCGACUCAGCCGUCUGAGAGCUACUACACCAAAGCCGGCCCAAAAUUCUCCGCAACCGGCAAAAACAACACCAGCAACAACACCGACAGCUUCCCAGCUCGGAGUCAGCAGCAAGCCGACUCCACAAACAAACCAUCCAAGCAAAACAAGAAGAAAUGGCAGCCCACCACCAUCAAGGAGAGAAGCGACAGCAUCAUCUUCAAGAAAGCCAAUGCUGCCCUGCGUGUUCUGCAAGGAGAUGCAUUGGGCCACGAAUUGCCCAAUGGAGCUGAAAGAAAAAAAGGCAGUCAUCACCAACGAAAGAAGAUGCUCAAACUGCUUCGGUCGACACGAGACCACCGUUUGUUUCAAUCCCCACAGGUGUCAGCGAUGCCGUGCAAAGCACCACACAUCCUUGUGUGCCGAGAAAGAUACCAGAUUCGGAUCCUCAACUAUAAUCCCAAAUAAACCGGCCGCUGGAAGCAGCUCAACUACAGCGUGCGCAAGCUCCUUCGGUGAGAUUAUUCUCAAAACAGCAACCGUUUACAUUUUAGGCCCAUACGGAAAGCAGAUCCGAGCAAUUCUCUUCCUCGACGACGGCAGCCAUAGAACAUGGAUUAAAAAGCAGAUUUCAAGAGAGCUUCAACUGAAGAUAAUCCAGGUGGAACAAAUCGCGACCAGGGCCUUCCGCCAGACAGAGGCCCCUCCAGCAGAAACUCACAACGUGGUCGAAAUGACGGUGCGGGGCACCUGGCCAGGAGCCCCAACGGUGCGCAUAGAAGCUUUGGAGGCAACCGACAAAGUAGGAAGCACCGGCCCGUACCAAACUACAGAAUUUGCAAGAAAACUGUGGUUGGAAAAUGAAAAUUUGGCAGACGACCGCUUCGAACGUGAAGGAGGAGACGAGGACGUCGGAAUUCUUGUUGGAAUGGACCAAAUGUUCAAUAUUAUGUUCAACCAGCCAGCAAUUACAAGCCCGUGCGGACUCAGAGCCUACAGUUCGAAACUUGGAAAGGUCAUCGGCGGUCCAUCCCAAGAAACAACAUCGAAGCAAAGUCAAUCAAUUGUCAGUCAACUACUAGUCAAUUCAAAUUGCUCUCUACCACAGAUCACCUCACAGCCAUCAGAAAUUUUUAACAGCAUCCAAUCAAACAAGUCGGAAAGCAGGGAGACAGGAAACUCCAGUCUCCUUCCACUACCAGAAAAUUCUGAACAAAUCUGCUUUUUCGACUCAACAAAAGAGAGUAAAAGGUUUGAAAUGGAGAAGUUAAAUUUUGAUAUGUCGUUAUUUUGGCGUCUAGAAAAUUUCGCGAACUUAAACGACUGCGUUGCUGUGGAGAAGGACGAUCAAUUCCGCUCCUUCUGCGAAGAAAUCACGCGAUUUGAAGACGGCAGAUAUUGCACGCCAAUACCAUGGACGACUGACAGAUGGAGACUGGAAAUCAACCACCAGAUGGCAGCAGUAAGACUGAGAAGCAUGCUGCACAAGCUCCGAAAAUCUCCAGUCGACUUGGCCAACUACACAAAAGAAAUCGAACAACUCAUAGCAAACGGAUUUGUAGAAGAGGCUGAUUUCAAUUACGAUGGCCUCCACACUUAUCUACCGCAUCAUCCAGUCUACCGAACAGACAAGGCCACCACAAAAAUCCGACCAGUUUUCGACGGCGCCGCAAGAUCCAAAUAUGGACCGAGCCUCAACGAUGUUCUGGAGACCGGACCAAAUCUUAAUCCUGAUCUCCUCUCGGUCUUAAUGCGCUUCCGGAUGAACCGGAUCGCCUGGAUUGCGGAUAUCGAAAAGGCCUUUCUCAACAUCGCGCUGCAGCCCGAAGACGCUGAAGCUGUCAGAUUUUUAUGGCCAAGAAAACCGGAAGAACCCAACUCCGAUUUCAUCGCGUACAAAUGGAAAAGAGUUCCAUUUGGGCUAAGCUCAAGUCCAUUCCUUUUAAGAGUCACUAUUAACAAACAUUUGCUCUCAGUCAAAUCUAGAUUUUCUACGACAGUCGAGCAGAUAGAAGAGCAGCUUUACGUAGACGACUACCUCGGAGGAGCAGACGACGUGCCAACAGCCAUAACUACGGUAGAAGAAACCGUCACGCUAUUCUCAGAGGCCCAACUCAACAUGAGGAGCUGGGCAACAAACAACAAGCAGCUCCGUGACUUUCUCACCGAAAAAGAAAUGUCGAACCAGAUUGUCGGAAUUCUUUCACCCACAAUAGACGGCCAGCAAAAGGCACUGGGUCUUAGAUGGGACACGAGCUCCGAUUCAUUUAAAUUUGACCCUACAUCUAUAAUGGAAGCAGCCGUGCAGAUAGGAGAAAAAAUCACCAAAAGAAAAAUUCUGAGCAUUUCAGCAAGGAUAUUCGACCCAAUUGGUUUCCUAGCUCCUACAGUCUUACUUUUAAAAAUAAUUUAUCAAAAACUUUGGGAAGGAGACAUAGGUUGGGACGAUGACGCCACACCCGAAGUGAAGAACACCUGGAGCAGCAUCAUGAAAGGCCUGAAGGAUCUACAUCAUUUGGAGAUCCCACGAUGGAUUGGAUAUUCAAAAACUUCCAUCGUCUCCGCAGAAAUUCACGUGUUCGGCGAUGCAUCAGAAGCAGCCUACGGAGCAGUAGCCUACGCACGGCUCCGACUGGAGAACGGAAUUCCUUACACCAUCCUCCUUGCAAGCAAAACCAGAGUGGCACCUCUCCCAAAAAAGAAAGAGAGAAAAUCCGAACCUCCCUUCACACCGAGUCAUGGAAAACGACUUACUGGACAGACUCCCUCGUCACACUUGGAUGGAUACGAGGAGAUCCUUAUCGUUGGAGACCAUUCGUACGAAACCAGGUGGAAACAAUCAGAAAAUUUUCCAACGCGGAUUGGUGGAGACAUUGCCCCGGAUUGGAGAAUCCAGCCGAUCUCGCUUCGCGGGGGAGCGCCAGCGCAUGCGCUGGUGGAAUCGAAACUUUGGUGGCAUGGACCAGCCUGGCUGACAGAAGGAGAAAGCGAAUGGCCGAAUUCUCCAGAAAACCACUCCACCGAAACUCAAGAGAAAAUCGAGGAAGAGGAGACAAAGAAAACGGCAACUGUCUCCUUUGCAGCAGUCGAAACAGCCCAGCCGAUUGAAUGGUACCUCGACAAAACCUCUACAUGGACAAAACUACUCUUCAGAACAGCCUGGGUCCUCAGAGCACUCAACCGUAUGAAGAAAAGAACGCGCGACCCAGGACUUGAACUAAAAGAAGUCAUUACAGUCGCCGGAAAAGAAAUAACGAUCGACAAGAUAGUCACCGAAGAGCUGAACGAAGCGGAGCUAGCCAUCUGCAGACAGCUCCAAAUAGAACGCUAUCCCAAAGCUUUUCGGACACUCCAGCUCGGACUGCAGAUUCAUCCAAAGGAGAAAAUCGCAUCGCUCCGACCGGUCUGGGACAAUCGAGAUCGACUCAUCCGAGUCAGUGGAAGAGUGGCGCUCGCCCUCAGGGAUCGAGACAUUCAACCACCGAUCCUUCUCCCAGCAAACCAUCCUGUUGAGUAA